CGAGUAAGUGCGCAUGUUCAUACAGAUAAUGCAAGACGAAGGUACCACUGUACCUAAAGCGGCAGUACGCUGUAACAUUCCACGACAAAGUGCUUACAGGCUGCUCAAUUAUUUCAACGAUAGCAAAGGUAGCGUAUUGCUAUGCUUUGCUCCGAAAGCCAAAAACAGAGAUACGAAACAGAAGUAUACUCUAAUUUUGAUCCGAUAAAAAAAAAAGGAAGUCACUCACUUACAACAAAUCGACCUUGGAAUCCCAGGUGACAGGGAUUGUUGCGCUUCGCAACUCAACAACUUUCCACUUGUUAGCAUUAAAUAGGCUUGUCUUCGUCAACGUGAUCUUAUCACAAAUACAAUGGACACCAAAGACAGCUAAAUUGGCAAUUGUCGAGAUUGAUGCAUUUUGGUACUGCAAAGAGUUUGUCAACCAGCUUUAAAGUAUUACCAAGCGAAUGUCUAAAAAAUUUACUAGAAUAUGGCCCAUAUGACUCCGUAAUUAUUAGUUUUGCUCGGGCAACUUACUAUGUAAGUUAAGGAGACUCCAUAGGUGUGUUGUGAAAAAAAGAUCUUCCGUCUCCAUGACAACAAAAUUGUGAUAUUCUUACAGUUUAAAAACCAAUAAUCGCCUAAUCAGAUUUUAAGAGAAGGAGUUCAUUUAAG